UCUCUCAUCACCUUCUCAAACACACACACCUCACCUCACCUCCCUCUCUCUCCUUCCCCUCUCAUGAACAACUAGCAUUUUGACUUUUCAAUUUGUACAUCUUGCAUCAUAACUUGUACAUUACAGACAUGGAAAAUGUUUACAUCAUCAAUGAGCUAACACAAGGGAUGGAACUAGCUAGGCAGCUCAAAGCCAUUUUGAGUUCAAACUGUUCCCCUGAAUCAAAGCACAAUUUGAUUCAAGGGAUCAUCGCUUCUUACAACAGAGCGCUGUUGAUCAUCAACAGCGCCCAGUCUGAGCUCCCGGCACUAGCGGCACAACCGGUGUCAGUGUCGGUGCUCAGCCAGCCUGAGUCACCGGUUUCUAUCGAUGGAAGCCCACAAAGCGGGGAUUUCAAUCAAGGUUUUGAUAAUUUCCAAGACCAGAAAAUCGUAUCAAAGAAAAGAAAGGCAAUGCUGACGUGGAAAAACCAAAUCAGAAUCUCGACUGACAACGGUUUGGAGGGAAACUCUGAUGACGGUUAUAGUUGGAGGAAGUAUGGGCAAAAAGACAUUUUGGGUGCUAAAUUUCCUAGAAGCUAUUAUAGAUGUACGUAUCGAUACGUUCAUAACUGCAUGGCAAGAAAACAAGUGCAAAGAACAGACGAAGACCCGACAGUUUUUGAAAUCACAUACAGAGGCAAGCACAGCUGCAACAACUCAGCCACCACCGCCACCACCGCCGCACAAUCGGUGGUGCCGCCACAAUCACCUGAAAACCACCAACCACCACCACCAAAAUCCGGCGAGAUGCUAUCAAAUCUUCGAGAAAAUCUCAGAGUUAGCACAUCAGAUUUGGAUGCAAUGGUUCCAUGUUCAUUUUCCUUCCCUUCAUCAUCAUUCGGAUGCAUAGAAAACUACCAACAAUUUCAUUUCACAAGUGAAGCCGAUCACAACUUUUCACAAGCUGCCAAUUCCGGGUCUAACUACUUCCCGGAAUGGAAUCACGAAUUCCAUCAUCACGAUGAUUCCAAUCUCUCCGGAAUCAUUUCCGCUACCACUUCGGCAACAAAUUCCCCGUUGGCUUUCACUGAUUCGCACGAUUUUAACCCAAAUUUUCCGUUUAAUAACUCGGGUUUUUUUAUUUAAUAGGUAAGUCUUAAAAAAAAUAAAGAAAAAAAAAUAGCAUUAAGUUUUGCAGAUAGCAUCAAAUCAAUAAACUAUGUUAAGCAUACAAAAUAAUGCUUGUACAAAUAGAAAUGUAAGAUUUAAGAUUAAGAGCCAUUCAAGAUCUAGAAAUAAUAUAUGGUAUCACAUUUGUUCA